AGUCUCAUCUCUUCAGUUGGGACUUCUCUAUCGUUUCAAUCAUUGACAUCAGUCAGCAUCUUAUUUUUGCUUUCACUUUUUGUUCACAAUUAAGAGUUUUAUUAAUUUCCUUAUUAAUCAAUCAACACCUUAACAACAUUUAACCUCUCAUUUAAUCCAAAUUUAACCAACAUUAACCACAACUUGGACUGCCUUUCAACACUUUAUGUCAUCUACUUGAGACUUGUUUACCUUUUUUUCAGUUUACUUUUCGAGUUUACUUUUCACAAGAAUCCAACUUUACAAUUAUAAACAAUUAAACAACCAUUGAUCUUUGAUUAUUUCAACAUUGGUUGAUAAUCACAUGAAACAUUUAAUGAAAAAUGAAUCCAAAUUGAUUACCAGUCGCCAACUUUCAAUAUGAUAUUGAACAAGUUAACCAUGUUGGAUGGACCUUAAGCAAUAUUCACUUUUCACCAUUAAAAUCUGAUUCUCAAGUCACUUUGUUUUGUUUUUACGUGUUUUGUUUAUUUUCAAUUUAAAUUAAUCAAAUCAAAUCAUACCUCAAACAUCACCAUGAUUUAUGCAACUGUCAUCAUUUCAUUCAUCAUUAAUCUUAUCAAUUCACCAUUAGUUUCAUCGUCUUGGUGGUCAUUAGGAAUACCAACAUCUCAUAAAGAAAUACUAGAAAUCAAACCGACAUCAGCUAAAGCUCACUGUAGAGGGCUUUCUUCAUUAGAGGAUAACCAGAAGCAGCUUUGUGAACUUAAUCAUCAUAUUCUUCAAGCAAUUAGCAAGGGGGCCAAAUUGGGUAUAGAUGAGUGUCAACAUCAAUUUAGACGGAAUCGCUGGAACUGUACCACUUUUGAAGAUCAUCCGAAAAUUUUUGGAAGCGUUGUGGAAUCAAGAAGUCGUGAAAAGGCUUACAUAUAUGCCAUUUCAGCGGCCGGACUAUCUUACACAGUCACUAAAGCCUGUAGCCAGAGUUUGCUGGCCAAUUGUAGCUGUGACAAUGGAAUACGCAGUAAAACAACAAAAGGAAAAUGGAAUUGGGGUGGCUGUUCCGAUGAUAUUCAAUAUGGUUCCUUAUUUAGUCGAUCGUUUCUUGAUUCACUUGAGGAUAACUCAACUGCUGAUGGAUUGAUGAAUCUUCAUAACAAUGAGGCUGGAAGAUCGAUACUUAAAUCGAAAAUGGAAAGAGUUUGUAAAUGCCAUGGAGUAUCAGGCUCCUGUACUAUGAGAGUUUGCUGGAGGAAAUUAGGAUCUUUCCGAGGUAUUGGCGAUGAAUUGAUGAAACGAUUCGAUGGUGCAACAAAGGUACGCCUUGUUGCGAGGAAAACAAAACCAAGACUAAAGCCAAUUACAAAAGAAAUAAAGAAACCAAGUAGACGAGAUUUGGUUUUUCUUGAACCAUCACUAAAUUACUGUGAACGAAAUGAAACGCUUAAGAUUCUCGGAACGCAAGGUCGAAGAUGCAAUGCUACAAGCUUGGAUACUGACUCUUGCAAGUUACUCUGUUGUGGUCGUGGAUAUCAUACCAUGGUUCGUAGUGUUCAAGACAAGUGUAAUUGCAAAUUCAUUUGGUGCUGCCGGGUUGACUGUCAAAAGUGUAUGGUCCAAAAAGAGGAGCAUUUUUGUAAUUAAAGCCCCAAUCUCUACGCAUGAUGGACAAUUGGAUGGUUAAAGACUGCGGAAAUGUUUCGAUAAUCUUUUUUUAUUCGCAAAAUUUUUCAUUGCUCACUAGAUUUUGUUGAUUUCACCUUUAUAAUUUAGACUGAUCUAAGAUGCAUUUAUUUAUAUCAGCAUAGAAUAUCAAAUCAUCCAUUAUCUUCUUAUUUCUUUCCUCUUCUCAAUUUGUGUUUUUUUUCAAGAACAGGAAGAAAAUUCUCAUAAUCUUUUUACUCAUUCAAACCAUAAUAAGAUCUCUCAACAAAACGAUUAUAUAAUUAUAAAUAUGUAUGUAUAAAAGCAAACUUUUUAUCAAAAAAUUGUCAAUUUAGGUCGUCUCAACGUUUUACUCUCGAUUUACAUUGGCAAUUGAUUUAAUCUCAACAAUAAUUGAAAAACAACCCUCUUUGUUGUGCAUUGUUUCAAUCAAACAAUAGAGGCAAAUAUUUAAAACAAUCAAUUUCAACCAUCAAGAUUAUUUGUGAUGCUUUAAACCCAUUAAAUUUAUCUUGAACCAAUUAAAUAAAAAUGAACAAGUCUUGAA